GAAAGAUUCACAGCGUACCCAUCUGCUGACAGCCCAAGAAAGGGGGAAAGAAAUGAGACUGGGAGGAAGAGGACCCCCUCUCCUGUGCCCCCCAAAACCAGCUGAGUGGGACAGCCGCGAGCUGGGAUUGACAAACCAUGUAGGAAGAUCCUGAAGGAGAUCCUGAAGCAGUGACAGACUGUUUGCUCCCGGACUCUGUCCAAGGGGACUGCUUUCGCAUCAGUGCUGUUCCCAGGUAUGGCACAGAGUGGGACCAUGGAAGGAAAAGAGAUGUCGCCAAGUCAUCAUUCGGAGGAGAGCAGCAUAUGGGACCUACCCUCUGUUUGUGACCCAGCAGAGUGCUUUCUGCCUCCACAGAGCUCUGAAAACAGCGAGGAGCUUUUUCGUUCUGUGGAUACUUUUCCCUCUCUGCCAACAGGUGUCAGUGCAGUUCCAGUGGAAAAAGACCAUAUUGAAGAAAUGGUAACACAGUGCAUAGUGGAAGUUCUGUCCAACGCUCUAUCUAAGCCAAAUGCACCACCAAUUAAUCCUGAAUGCAAAGAAAUCCUGAAGAAGAGUGGUAGAAAUGACAGAGAGAGAAGCGAAAACAAACAGCUUCAAGUGAGGCAUUUGAAAGACCCAGCAGAGAUUGAAAAACAUCAUACCGGGAGUGUGAAGAAAGAACAAAGUCAUGCAGAAGAGGAAUCUAAAAACUACAUGAAAGGAAGUGAUGAGGAGAAACUUGCUCACGAGGAAGGUAAAAGCAAGGAAGAGGAGGAUGGACACCACACACCUAUUCAAGAAGAGAGACUUCAUACAGAAGAAAAGAAACACUAUCAGGGAAUUAGAAGAGAAGAGGAGAAGAGCUACCACAGUGAAGAAGAAAGCAAAGAGAGCAAGCAUCAUGACGAAGAGGUAGAGCAUGCUGUUCUCAACAAGAAGUCCCACUCUGGAGGUGCAAGCACAGAGGAGUUCCGUGAUGGGAAUGAUCAGCGCCCCAUGGGCCACUGGCAUUCAGAGGAGGGAAUGCAGAGCCCUUACAAAAGAAUUCAUGAAGGUGAAGAGGAAGAGGCAGAGGAAGAAAGAAGUGAAAAAUACCACCGUGAGUCUAAGGAACGUGAUUUCUCCCAUCAGCAAGAGCAUGAAGAAUCUGAUGAGAGUGAAGAAACAGAGGAGGAAAAGCAACCCUAUAAACCCAAACGUUAUCAUGGGAAGCAUAGAAUGGGUGACUCCUCUGAAGAGAAGAGGGGCCGUGGUGGUGAGAAAGAGGAACUAGCUGUGGAAUCAAACACAGAGGAGGCCCAUCUCUGGGACAAAAGGAAUCACCAUCAGAAACAUCAUGAAAAGUCUGAGCAGCAGCGUGAGGAGAAGAGUGGUUAUCAUGGGAGGCAUGGGUCUGAAGAGGUAGAGGAGAAGAGGCGUGCAGACCAGGGAAGUGAGGAGUACAGAGAAGGGUGGCAGCAGAGUGAAGAGAGCAGUGAAGAAGAAAACAAGAGGCAUCGCCACAGUGAAGAAAGUAAUGAGAAAUGGCGCGAGGAUAGGAGACACCAUGAUGGAUCACAUGAGGCAAGGAGGCACCAUUCUGAGGGAAGGACGUAUCUUGGAAAUGAAAGUGAGGAAGAGCUGGACAGGUAUCUCAGUGGUGGCAGCAAGGAGAAGCAGCAUCGUGCUGGAGGGAGAUACCGCUUGUGGGACAAUGAAGAUGAAGAGUCACAGAAAGUGUACGCUCGAGAGCACAAAGGGCAGUCCAGAAGACACUACAGCACUGAGGAUAGUGUAGAGCAGCAGAGCUACCCUGGCAACAGUGAGGAGGAGGAGGAAGUAGAAAAGAAGCAUCACAGCAGUGAUCAGAUGGAAAAUGAGGAGGAGAAUAUGGAGGAGGGAAGAUAUGCAGAGAGGGAAGAGUACAGAAGCCGUUUCCCUGCAGAGAAUGAGAAGAGAACCACGGCAUCCUACAGCCCUUUCUACCCACUGCUGUGGUGGAAAAGCCAGCACUUUGAGAAAAGGGACAGUGCAGGAGAGCAGCUUCUGGAGGGCAAAGAGGAAGGCAGGCCCACCCUGAACGAGAGGAGUCUUUUCCCUGAAUAUAAUGACUAUGAUUGGUGGGAAAAAAAGCAAAUCCUAAGUGCUCUGAACCACGGACGCACCGAGAAGAGGAAUCUUGGCAAAAUGAACAGAUAUGAUACGAAAAGGCAAUACAACAAGAUGGAUCAACUCGCACAACUUCUGAAUUACAGGAAGAAAUCAGCUGAAUUCGCAGAGUUGUACAAUUCUGGAGAAGACAUGAAAAAACAUCACAUAAUCAGGAAUGACAGAGGAAGUCUGGGCCAGCGGCCUCUGACAGAAGAGGAGGAGAAAGAACUGGAAAACCUGGCCGCUAUGGAUUUGGAGCUGCAGAAAAUAGCUGAGAAGUUUAAUGACAACAGGAGAGGCUGAAGAUGAUCUGCUUUGGUGUUUCAAAGCUAGGUGUAGCUGUACUCACAAUACCUGUAUUUUGUGGUAAAUUUCACUGCCACUGGAUUGUUGUUUGCCCUAAAACGAGGAAAUACUAUUUACUGUCCACUAUAGUGUAGUGAUUUAUACAGCUGAAAAUGUCUUUAAUUUGCUGUUAUGCUAUUGAGAUCUGAAUAGCAUGAAUUUUAGUAUUAUAACCUUUCAUGCAAGGCAGAUAUUUUUAAUAUGCUUGUGAAAAUAAUUAUGUUAGUGUUCUUCAGAAAUAUAUUUGUCUGAGUUUGAAAUAAUAAAAACCAUUGAUCUUGGA